AUGGGUGUUGCGGCAUCAACUCUGGGGGAUGUCUAUGGAUAUGGAAUUCUUUUGCUAGAGAUGAUUACAAGGAAGAGGUCAAUAGAUGAUAUGUUCGUGGAUGAACUGGAUCUGCAUAAUUAUGUUAAUAGGGCCUUGCUUGGACAAGUUUAUGAGAUCGUGGACCCCUUGCUGCUUUCUAAAGCAGGAGAUGAAAACAAAAGAAUGGAUCCUGGAGGGGAUAAAAUUGAUGGUGGAAGAGAGAUGGAGUGUGUUAUUUCCCUGGUGAAAAUCGGGCUCAAAUGCUCAGAAAAAUCGCCAAAUGAUCGGAUGCACAUGAAUGAAGUUGUCGGAAAAUUACAUCAUAUUAAGGAUGUUUUUCUUGGUGUCAGUGCAUAUCCAAAAAAUCUUGAAGCUUAA